UACGGUGGCCCAGAGCGGGCAUUUGUGUUCCCUCAAAUGGCGGUGUGAAGAGAGUUCGCCUGAGCCAGAUCCCAGGUUUCACUGAAGAAACGUCUUAGAGAUUCAUUGCACUUCUGAGAUUUAAUGUUUACAACUUGGAGUUGUCAACCUUCUUAUAAGAUACAUUUUGGAAGUCAAAAUGAAAGUUUUCUGUGAAGUUUUAGAAGAGUUAUACAAGAAGGUACUUCUUGGAGCCACACUUGAAAAUGACAGCCAUGAUUACAUCUUUUAUCUCAACCCAGCAGUUUCAGAUCAAGAUUGCUCUACAGCCACCUCCUUAGAAUGGGCAAACACCUGUCGUAUCCAGGGCAGGCAUCAGCCCAUCUCUGUUGGUGUGGCUCCCAUUGCUGUAGCACCUGUGUGUUUGAAGACCAACUCUCAGAUGAGCGGUUCCAGAGAAGUAAUGCUCCUUCAGUUAACAGUGAUCAAAGUGAUGACAACCCGGAUAUUGUCUGUCAAAACCGAGUUCCAUGCAAAGGAGCAAUACAGAGAUGUAAUUAAAAUUCUCUUAGAAUCAGCCAAAGUCGAUUCUAAAUUAAUCUGCAUGUUCCAAAAUUCAGAUAAAUUGUUAUCUCACAUGGCUGCACAGUGCCUUGCAUUGCUUCUAUAUUUCCAAUUGAGAGAAAAGAUAACCUUAAGUAAUUCCUGGAUUGCUUUUUGCCAGAAAAAUCUUUCUGAAUGCUCUGAGAGUAAUAAAGCAAUAUACUGCCUCUGGACUCUUACAGCAAUAAUAAAAGAAAUCUUUAAAGAUUCAUGUUCACAGAAAACAGAAAUUCUAAAGCAGUUCCUGACUCAUUUCGACACCAUUUUUGAAGUGUUUUACAAUUCCUUAUUCUCUCAGCAUUUUGAAAACUGCCGGGAUACUUCUAAAAUAGUAAACAUCCUGAUGUGUUUCCUGGAGUUGCUUGAGCUUCUCAUCGCCUCCAGAAUCCACCUGAAGUUACAUUUCACUUGCCAGAGGAUUUUAUUUUUGAAACCAUCUUGCAUGCUAGAAGUUAUUACCUGGCCUAUUCAGGCUUUUGUUAAAAGGAAGGUCAUCAUAUUCCUCAAAAAGUGCCUUCUCUGUAAAGUGGGUGAAGACCUCUGUCGUGGAUCUGUGCCUGCCUUAAUGCCGCCAGACCAUCAUGUAGCGGUGGACAUGCUGGCUUUAGCUAAUGCUGUUUUGCAAGCUGUGAAUUCGGGGUUGUUGAAGACACUGUCUGUUUAUGAAAAACAUUCCUUUUUUGGAGGCGAUGAAGUUCAACCUGGAUGUGAACAUAUCACUAGUCCAGAUCAUGUGAUCCUUAGAGCAGCAAGCUUAGUUAUAAUGAAAUCCUUAGAAAUCAAGUUUCAGAAUUGUUCUUCAGCAAGUGAAAUGAAAGUUGACUUACAGAGGUUCAUGUCUGAGUUACUGACCUUCUUAAAGCCUCAUCUUCAGCCCUCUCUGCAAUUACACAAUCCGUGCAAAUGGCUGUCUCGGGUUUUCAUAGAACAAGACGAUGACAUGCUGGAGGCUGCCAAGGCAUCACUGGGCAUCUACUUAACACUGACCAGAGGAUGUGAAGCCACUGAAAGCUUGACUCAGGGAAAAGAAAUGUGGGACCAUCACACACAUGAAAAUGGCUAUAAUCCUCACUGUAUUUUCUUAUUCUUCUUGAAAAAUAUAGGAUUUGAUUCCACAGUUCUUCUUGACUUUUUGAUUUCAUCAGAAACCUGUUUUCUUGAAUAUUUUGUUAGAUAUUUAAAAUUACUGCAAAAGGACUGGGAUAAUUUUUUCACCAUUUGCAAUAACUUUGAUGCAACUGAAUCUAAAUAUGACACAUGGAGAUUAAGUAGCUUGCCCAAGAUCACCCAGCCAGUAAAGUGGCAGAGCUGAAGUAAUGGAUUCAGACACCCACUAACAACAAUAAAGAGGCCAAAUCACAAGCAACAAGACACAUGAGGACAAAAUGGAAAAGGAGAAAACAAUUUUGGAAGCUCAAAGGUAGGUAGGUUGAAAACUCGUAACCGCCCAGUGGGUUCAUCUUUCCCACUCCCUAAACAAAGCCGAUUUAUCAAGACAGGAAUUUCAAUAAAGAAAGAGUAAUUCACGCAGAGCCGGCUGUAGGGGAGACUGAAGUUUUAUUAUAACUCAAAUCGGUCUUUCCGAGCAUUCAGGGAUCAGAGUUUUUAAGGAUAAUUUGGUGGGAAGGGGAUGUGAGUCAAGAGUGCUGAUUGGUUGGGAAAGAGAAGAGAUCAGGGAAUUAAAGCUGUCUUCUUGUGCUGAGUCAGUUCCUGGGUGAGGGCCACAAGAACCAAGAUCAGAUGAGCCAGUUUAUCGAUCUGGGUGGUGCCAGCUGAUCCAUCAAGUGCAGGGUCUACAAAAUAGUUACUGACUUAGGAGCAGUUUAGGGAGGGUCAGAAUCUUGCAGCCUCCAGCUGCAUGACUCCUAAACCAUAAUUUCUAAUCUUGUGACUAAUUUGUUAAUCCUACAAAGGCAGUCUCGUCCCCAGGCAAGAAGGGGAUUUGCCUCUUAUCUUUGUUUUAAACAAUAAAUUCCUCUCAAAAUUAGUUCAGCCUAUGCCCAGGGAUGAACAAGGACAGCUUGGAGGUAAGAAGCAAGAUGGAGUUGGUUAAGUCCGAUCUCUUCCACUGUCCCAGUUACAAUUUUGCAGUGGCGGGUUCAAACUAACUUAGUCAACCCAGGAACAUUACAUUCCUAUCUGGAAUGGGGAAAACUGAAAAACCUGACUUAUGAGCUGGAUUCCUCUGACGGCUCAGGAGCUUGUAGUCUUGAGUACCAUGCUGUACCAUGGGGUGGUGGGUGGAAAAGCAAUUCAGGAAACAAUUACUUCUAGAUCCUCUGCCCCAUUCCAUGUAGUUAGCCAUUGCUCCCUCCACCACCUAGCAGAUUAGAGGUUAAUUCCCGGAGAGUGUGAAACAACAGGUCUUUGGACUGGGGAACACCAGACACAGCUGGAGAUAGGAAUAACAUACUGAAAACAGGAUUAAUUAAACAUUUACAUACUAAAUAUAACCACCAUCCUCCCCGGCCUUCUCCCCAACUCUAUUGCCAGAACACUUCUAACUCUAAGUAGGAGGCUAGAAGAGACUUUUCUGGGGAAUUUAACAAACCCAAGAAAAAAGACCUAAAGACACUGAUAUUGGGGUUCCCCAAAUGAAUUACCCAGCCAAAUCACCCUACUAUGAAGCCCAUAGUGGCAAAUAUCACCAUGUACAUAGAGCUAACUGGCAUUUAAGUGGCUCACUCUUACAUAUAAUGUGAGUGAAUAGCCAAGGAUCAACAGGAAUUAGGGGAAAGCCUCUAACCCAAAAGGCAGAGAUCAAAACAAACACGAAACAGAUUAAACAAAGAGGAAGUUAAUUUAUCAAUACCCUCAAAGAAAUUAUAAAGGAUACUACAUAAAAAAUAUUCAGUGAGGGGCUGGGCAUGGUGGCUUACACCUGUAAUUCCAGCACUUUGGGAGGCCAAGGCAAGAGAAUCACUUGAGCCCAGGAGUUUAAGACCAGCCUGGGCGACAUCAUGAGACUCUGUCUCUCCAAAAAAAAAACCCUAAAUAGCUGAGUAUAGUAGUCCCAGCUACUUGAGAGGCUUGGCAGAAGGAUGGUUUGAACCCAGGAGUUUGAGGUUACAGUGAACUACAAUCGUAUAAUCGCACCACUGCACUCCAGCCUGGGUGACAGAGCAGAGCAAGACCCUGUCUCAAAAAAGAAAAAAAUAUUCAGUGGGGAAACAAAUACCUCUUAUAAAUUAAUAAUGUGAUAGCAAAAAUGAAAAAGUAGAAAUGUAGUAAAAAUAAGUUGAGGAAAUCUAGAUUUUACAGCAAUAGGACAAAGAAAUUAGAAAAUAGGAGAGAGAGAGAUGAUACAAUGUGAGAACUGGUCACCAAGGUCCAAUAAUUGAAUAAUAGAAGUAUCAG